AUGUGUCUAGGUGUCGUCGGCAAUGUGAUGGUGCCGAUUGUCAUUUUGAAAAGUAAGGAUAUGAGAAAUUCGACAAAUAUCUUCCUGACCAAUUUGAGUAUCGCCGAUUUGUUGGUGCUUUUGGUUUGCACGCCGACGGUUUUGGUAGAAGUCAACACUAGGCCGGAGACAUGGGUGCUUGGAGAAGAGAUGUGCAAAGCCGUUCCCUUCGUAGAAUUAACCGUGGCCCACGCCUCUGUCCUAACAAUUCUGGCCAUAAGUUUCGAGAGGUACUACGCCAUCUGUGAACCGCUACGAGCAGGCUACGUCUGCACUAAGGCUAGGGCCACACUUAUAUGCGCUUUGGCCUGGCUACUGGCAGCUGUCUUCACGAGCCCGAUUUUAGCAGUAGCAGACUUCCGCACCAUAACCUAUGCAGAUGGCACAACAGCAUCUUCCUGCGUAACACAAGCAACGGAAACGCUUCCAUUUUUGUUCUUCCUGAUGACCAUUUCCGUGUUCUUUCUGCUCCCGUUCAUAAUAUUAUUGGCGCUGUACGCGCGGAUAGCCCGCGAACUAAUCGCAGACGCACCGAACAAACACUCUGAACGUUGCAACAGAAGACACUUGGUUAUUAUGUUGGGAACAGUGGUGUUGGCGUUUUUUGUAUGUCUACUCCCAUUCAGAUUGUUGACUCUAUGGAUCAUAAUUUCACCGGAUGAAGCCCUGGUGCAUUUAGGGGUGGAAAGAUAUUAUAAUAUUUUAUACUUCUGUCGCACCAUGCAUUAUUUAAAUUCAGCUGUGAAUCCUGUCCUCUACAAUUUGAUGUCGUCAAAAUUCAGGGAUGGUUUUAGUAGCGUUUGUGGAUGUUUUUGCUGGUGUUAUGAGAGAAGGCCUUUGAGGAAACGAAGUGGUACUAUUUUGACGACAAGUACGAGUGCAAGUGGAAGGAGCAAACAGUCUUUGAAAAAACAUAAAAAUGUGACGCCUGUCAGUUCUACUUCGGUAGUGUUGCCAGCGGGUAGUGAUGCGCAGAAGGCGCUCUUGAGGCAGCAUACUGAUGAGUCUGUGUUGCCUGAUUUCCAAUCCUGGUGGUCGCUUCUUUACCAGUACGAGGAAUACUUCGACGGAUCAAUCGUCGCCGUUUGUCUGACCCAAGCGGAUUCCUUCUGGCCAGCUCUAUUUUUCAUAUCUUCGAUUUCCGUAUUUUUUCUCAUCCCUCUUGCUAUUUUGGUCAUUUUAUACACCAUAAUAGCCAAAAACCUUAUGGAAAAUCCAAUGACUGCAGUAUCACACGGAAAAAACGGUAACAGCAUAUACAAAUAUAGGCGGCAAGUCGUGGUGAUGUUAGGAGCUGUUGUUUUGUCGUUUUUCGUGUGUCUGAUGCCCUUUCGUGCCCUGACUUUGUGGAUAAUAGUGGUUCCACCAGAAACCAUAAUGUCUUUGGGCUUGGAAGGAUACUACAUCCUGCUCUAUUUUUGCAGAAUUAUGCUGUACAUAAACUCCGCCAUCAACCCGAUUUUAUACAACUUGAUGUCAUCCAAGUUCCGAGAAGGUUUCAUGAAACUACUGGGUUGUCACAAACUCCGACGCCUCACCACUUCGAGUGAUGGUAGAAAAAGUACUUUUAGAACGACUUCUAGUACUUUAUCCAGCAAUACUGAUUCAUUUUGGAGACGAUACAGUACACAAAAAGCUGCAAAAGCAGGAUCUCCUAAACAUAAGAGCAAAUUGCAACUUUGUUGUUCGGAAAGAAACUUUGGAUGA